UCCGAAUUCGGCUUCCUGCUGGAAAUUGGGGCUGAGAAAGCGAAUGUGGGAUCCCAGGUUCUGAAACCAAACCUCAGUUUGACCAGGAGGAAGCCAGCCUCGUCCUGUAGGUGACAGAAUCCGCAAUGGCAAGCCCGAGUGUGUGAGAGAGAUCAUGGGGAGAUGAAGUGUGCGACUGGGUCCGGGGGGAGUUGAACGACAGAGAAACUACGAGGAGCUGGCUUCAAAGAGGUAGGAACCAAGAAGACGGGACCGGUCACACCCAGGAGUUUGAAAUCAUGGCCCACGUGAUGACGUUCAGAGACGUGGCUAUAGAUUUCUCUCCAGAAGAAUGGGAAUAUCUGAACCUGGAACAGAGGCAUUUAUACAGGGAUGUGAUGCUGGAGAACUACUGCCACCUUGUCUCAGUAGGGCUUUGCAUUUGUCGACCGCAUAUGUUCCCUGUGUUGGAAAAAGAACAAGAUGCCUUCGUGGAUUUGGGCAGUGAGACCAGAAGGUUUUGCCCAGAUGUAGAUCCCGUGUGGCAGAUGAACAAAGUCCUUCCAAAAAGUAGUACAUGUGCAAGACAGUUAUCCCAGUGGGAAGUCAUGAAAACUGAUACAAACCACAGCCUUGAAGGUUCCUCCUGUCCUAGAGCUGACUGGGAAGGCAAAGGUCAGGUUUUAACACGAAGGGAGAGUCAAGAAGAAUGCUUUAAGCAAAUGGCACUUACCUUUGAAAAAUUGCUCAUGGCUUUUAAUCAGUGUCCCAGACUGAAUAUAGAAGAGAAAGCAAGUGAAUUUAAAUCUGAAAAAUCCUUUGGCUUUGCCCCAGAUCCCACUCAACCUCAGUUAAUUCACACGGGUGAGAAAUUCGAAGAGGAUAAAGAGUGUGGGAAGAGCUUUCCUCCUGGUUCUACGCUUACUCGCUAUCGAGCAGUUCACACUGGCAAGAAAGCAUUUCAGUGUGAAGAAUGUGGCAAGGCUUUUAGUUUUCGUUCCAGUCUUACUGGUCACAAGAGGAUUCACACUGGGGAAAAGCCUUUUAAAUGUAAGGAAUGUGGGAAAGCCUUCCGAUUUCAUUCCCUACUCAGUGUCCAUGUUCGGAUUCAUACUGGUGAGAAAUCCUACGAGUGUAAGGAAUGUGGCAAGUACUUUAAUUACAGCUCAGACCUCACUCGACAUCACAGGAUUCACACGGGGGAAAAGCCCUACCAGUGUCGGGAAUGUGGAAAGGCCUUCAGUUGUGGCUCAGACCUCACUCGCCAUGAGAGAAUUCACACUGGCGAGAAACCCUAUGAAUGUAAUGAGUGUGGGAAGGCUUUUAUUCAGCAGUCACAUCUCAUUAAACAUCAGAGAAUUCACACUGGCGAGAAACCUUACGUAUGCAAAGAGUGUGGGAAAGCCUUCACAUGUGGGUCACAGUUAAGUCAACACAAGAAAAUUCAUAAUGGUGAUAAGUUACAUAAGUGUAAAGAAUGUAAAAACUCUUUUAGUUUUGCCUUAGAUCAUACUCAGCGACAGUUAAUUUACAUUGGUGAGAAGUUCUUUGAAGAUAAGGAAAAUGGGAAGACAUUUUUUCCAGAUUCAGAACUUACUCAGUAUCAGACACUUCACGCUGGCAAGAAAAUAUACGAAUGUAAAGAAUGUGGCAAGGCUUUUAGUCUACGAUCCAUUGUCAGCAGUCUUAAGAAAAUUCAUAAUAGGGAGAAACUUUUUAAAUGCAAGGACUGUGAGAAGGCCUUUCGUUGUCCCUCGGAUCUCUCUCGCCAUCAGAAGAUCCACACUGGUGAAAAGCCCUACAAGUGUAAGGAUUGUGGGAAGGGAUUCAUUUGCAGAUCAGACCUUGGCCGGCAUCAGAGAGUUCACACCGGUGUAAAGCCUUAUGUGUGUAAGGAGUGUGGAAAAGCUUUCACUCGCGGUGCACACCUAACUCAACACCAAAAAAGUCAUAGUAAGAAAUCACAGGAAUUCAAUGGAGGUGACAAGGCCUUUAGUUCCAGUUUAGAACAUCCUCAGCACUCGUUGAUUCAUACUGGUGAGAAAUUCUGGGGAGAUAAGGAAUAUGCAGAGACCUUUCUUCAAGGUUCAGAACUGACUCAGUCAACAAAUGACUAUAAAGAGAAUGGGAAGGACUUCAGUUGGCAUUCAAGUGAUACAGGUCUUAAGACAAUUCAUAUUAGGGAGAAACGUUUUCAAUGUAAGGAAUGCCCAAAGGCCUUUCGGUAUAGCUCCGAACUCACUCGACAUCAGAGACUACAUACUGGUGAGAAGCCUUAUAAAUGUCAGGACUGCUGGAAAGCAUUUGCUUCUGCCUCAGACCUUGCUCGGCAUCAGAGGAUCCACACUGGUGAGAGACCCUAUGAAUGUAAUGAGUGUGGAAAGGCUUUUAUUCAGCAGUCACAUCUAAUUAAACAUCAGAGAAUUCACAAUGUCGAACAGCCCAAGGAGGUAAUGAGUGCAGAAAAGCCUUCAGGUGGCAGUCAGAUGAUAUUGAACAUGAGAGAGUUCACACUGGUAAACAACCUUAUAAAUUUAAGGAGUGUUGGGAAGAUUCUCCUCAUGGCUCAGCUCAAUCAGUGUCAGGAGGUUUAUACUGAUGAGAAAUCAAGUUAAGGCAGAACACUUGGAAAAGCCCAUUUUUGUGUCUCAAAUCUUACCUGACAAUAGAAUGUCCACAUCGAUAGGAAAUCUAUGUCUGAGAUUUGGGAAAGGCUUCAUUUAUAACUCAAGCCAUUAUCUGUUGUGGAAUAUUCCUUUACACUGUGUGAAGAUAUGCCACUGAUUGGUUUAAGAAAAAAGCUAAACAGCCAAUAGCUAGGCAAGACUUUGAAAGCAGAGAGAACUGGAAAGAAGGGUGGAGUUAGCAGCCAGAUGGAGAGCAAGCAGGAUGGGUACUACAGGGAUGAGGUAAUAAAGUCAUGAGGCGGAAAGUAGAUGAAAAGAUGUGGGUUAAUUUAACUAAUAAGAGCUAGCUAGGGAACAAGCUAAGGCUGAGCUUUCAUUAUUAAUAAGAAGUCUCUGUGUCAUGAUUUGCAUGAUUUGGGGGCUGCUGGUGAGACAGAAAGACUCACUACAACUAUCCAUGCCAGUCCAUGGUGGUAAGCAAUGUGGAGGGACUUUCUUGGUUCAUUAUCUUGAUCAAAGUGAGAAUAUUCAUGAGAGGAAACUAUGGAUAUAAGGAAUGUGGGAAAGACCUUUCUUCAUGGCUCAGAGUUUAGUAGACAUCUGUAAAAUGCUGGCUAAGAAAACUGAAUCCAAGGAAUGUGGAAACACUUAUUCAUGCUUUCGAACUUAAGUGAUAGAAAGUGCAUACUCAAAAGACAUAAAAGAAUGUGGAAAUGCCCUUCAGAUUCACAAGCUUAGGAGUGUAUAGAGGCAAGGAACCUGGAAUAUCCAAGGAUUCACCUCUCAUGUGACAGGAAACUCAUACUGGUGCAGAACCCUGGAAGUGUAAGAAACAUGGGUCAACAACUGGACAUUUAUAAUUUUUUUUUUGUGGUGUGAAACCCAGAGCCUGUGUGUGCUAUACACAUGCUCUGGUUUCCCAGCAGCAUCUCCAGCCCUCACUUGUGAGGAAACUUAAAACAUUUUUCCAAGAGUGUACUUUUUUCACUACUAUGACAUCAUGUGACACAAAGGCAAGAAAUGCUAAUUUAUUUCUAACUCAUUAAGAUAAUUUCUUUAAAAAAAAAAAAAAACCUUACAUGUAAUACCAGAAGAACUUUUGGCAAAACAAAAUAUCUGUCAUCCAAAGUCAUGAUAUAAUCUAUGUUAAUUUAGGCAAGACUUUACUGGUGGGCUGUGUAUGUACUGUGAAAAUUCCUUACAAGAGAAGUGGCAUAUAGUUUUAUUUUAGAGUAUUUGCAUAUAUGUGGAUCAUUUAUUUUCUAAGAAGACUCAGAGAAGUGCUUGUGUGUUUUAAUACAACAUAGCGAGUCCAAAAGAAUUUUAAAAAAAAAAUCAGAAUUGCAUUUAAAAAGUUCUACUUGGGCCUGGAGAUGGAGCUCGGUUUGUCCACGUUUGUCUAGCACACAUGAGUCCCUGGCUUUGUUCUCCAGCUCUGUAUAAUCAGGCAUUGUAGCAUGUGCCUGAAAUUCUAAUACUCAGAAGGUGAAGAGCGUCAGAAGUUCGGGGCCAUGCUCGGACCGUGUAGUGAAUUCAAGGAAAAAGUCUCAAAGAAAAUCGUGUGUGGCUAAGGUGACAGGAGACACAUAAUACAUAUAAUAUAUAUAUAAAAUAUAGUAUAUAUGUAUAUACUAUGGAAGAAAAGAGAAUCCUAUGGCACAUCUGUAAGCUUAUUUAGAAUAAUUCUUACAUUUGAAAAGUUUCAGGUGUAAAGGUAAAUGGAAACUCACAGAAGAGAUGAACCUAACAUUUGAAGGGAAGGGUGGUGCUGUCUUUAAUUUUUAAUUCUGAAUGUUUUGGUCAGUACUGAGUAUCGUACAAGUGCAGUUCUUGGUACCUUCUAGUAUUAUAAAGCAAUUGUGAGUAAAUAUACAUAUUUAGGACAUUUAAGUGCAUUUCAUGUGCAUGUUAUUCUCAAAUUAUUGUCAUUUAUGAACUUUACAACUUGAGAUACUUUUGUCAUAUAUCUUUACUAUAAUAAAGCUAUAUUCAUUAUGCUGAU